AUGCAGAAGCCAAUUCCGAGAAAGAUGUACAUCCUUGUACCUGACAAGCCUGCACAGAUUCAGAAUGAAAGUGCAAUGGCUGCAAAGACCAUAUCUUCUGUGAUAAGAACCUGUCUUGGGCCCCGGGCAAUGCAAAAAAUGGUGUUAACAAAGAUAAAUUCGAUAGAACUUACUAAUGAUGGAAAUGCUAUUCUUAGGGAGCUUGAUGUUGCACAUCCAUCAGCAAGAUCUCUUAUAGAACUUGCAAAGACUCAGGAUGAUGAAGUGGGAGACGGAACAACAUCUGUCAUACUUCUUGCAGCCGAGAUUCUGAAUGAGAUGACCUAUAUAUUAGAUAAGGAUAUCCACCCAAUAAGAAUAUGCAAUGCAUUGAGUAAAGCCCUAGAGACCUGUAUCAAAGCAAUUGAUGGAACAUCCGUGUCUCUAGACUGCAGUGAAGAAGCAAGGAUCGAAAUUAUCAAUGGGAGCGUAGUGUCGAAGGUUUGCAGCAUUCUCAAGGUUCCUAUUGGAAGACUUGCUCUGGAAGCUGUGAAAAAGAUUUAUGUAAAGGAGGAGAAUAGGUGUGACCUCAAAAGCAACAUGAAGGUAGAGAAAAUCCUUGGAGGAAACUUCAUGGAGUCUGAGGUAAUGGAUGGAAUACUUAUCAAUAAGGACAUCAUACAUCCUCAAAUGAGAAGAGUCAUUGAGAACCCAAGAAUUAUUAUAAUUGAAUCUCCUCUUGAAUACAAAAAGGGAGAAAGUCAGACAAGUUAUGAAUUUUCCAAAAACAAUGAUUUUACUAGAGCGCUUGAGAUUGAAGAAGAGCAAGUUCGCGAGAUGUGUGAAAAAAUAGUUGCAGUAAAGCCAGAUAUUGUAAUAUGCGAGAAAGGUAUCAGCGAUCUUGCUCUGUCUAUUCUUUUCGAAAACAACAUCACAGGACUCAGAAGAUUAAAGAAGACUGACAUUUCUAGGCUAAGUAAGGCAUGUGGAGCACGAUCGGUAAGCAGGCCCGAAGAUCUUGAAGAAAAGCAUGUCGGGACUUCUUGUGGGCUGUUUGAGUAUGUUAAGUAUGGUGAAGAAUAUUACUGCAAGUUCAGCAAAUGCAUAAAUCCAAAAGCUUGUAGCGUUGUGAUACGUGGCCCAACAAAAGAUAUUCUUAACGAGCUUGAGAGGAAUUUCAUGGAUGCAGUCAAGGUUGCAAAGAGUAUAUUCAUUAGUCCUAAGCUUUGCCCGGGAGGUGGUGCUGUGGAGAUGGCAAUGGCACGCGAACUGAUACGGAAUGCCGGAGAUGAUGAGAUAGAAGCAGAGGUUUUUUCAAGAGUAGCUUCUGCAUUAGCAAUCAUCCCUUCUAUACUCCUUGAAAAUUCUGGGGUCUUCAAUCCUCUGGAAGCUAUCACCUUGCUAGAGAAAAAGCAUGAAGAAGAUUCUUUUUACGGAGUUAAUGGAAUAACUGGAGAGAUUGUCGAUACAAGAAAUCUUGUGCUCGAACCAUAUGCAGUAAAGAGCCAAUGCAUCAAAUCUGCCAUCGAGGCUGUAUCACAGCUUCUAAGAAUUGAUGGGAUAAUCGAAAGUAAGCGCUGA